AUGGAUAAAACUUCUAAUGAAGUAACUGGAAGGAUAGCUUCUAAUACUGGAAACUUAAAUAUCCCUGAAAUUAAUUCACCAAACGAAAAGCAGCAAAGUGUAAUGGAAAGUCCUGUUACUUCCAAGCGUUUUUCUAGGAUAAGUGUGGCUUCUUCUGGAAGCCUGCAAAGUUCUGUGAGUACUAUUCCUCGAAUGGACGAAGGCGAGCCUUGAUGUGCAUUAAAUGAUCCCUCAUUGCCUCCAGUAACUGAAAUGGAGCAUAUGGUUGACCAGUGUUUCUGCUAUUUAUGCAACUGCAAGAAACAUAUAUGCCCAGGAGACUAUCGAAGGAUGUAUAAAAGUGCUUCUUCACAGUUCUCAACUAUAUACAAAAUUAAGUUCCCUAGCUCCCUGCAUCGUUUAAGAGCAGAUAUUUUCACCCGUUGAUAAGAUGGCUACUUUAUCUUUAAAAUUUUAGAUUAAAUAUCCUACGAAAUUUAGAUUUUUCCAAUGUUUUCUCGCUUUAAAGGUGGAGAGUAAACAUAAGCUUCCUAAUUUAAAGAAAAACUUAAAAGAAGCUUAUAUGCGGAAUUCUCUUCCUAUUGACCUUACCACUACAAAUAAAAAUGAUUUUAAGCCUUUUCCUAUAGAGCCAAGGCAGAAAAGAGAACAAAACUUAGACUAUUUGAAGCUGAAAUUUACAGGGAAAAGUUUUUAUAAGUCUGAGUAUCCGAAUUGAGGGGAAUAUCAUGCUGAACAAGUUCAUAUGAUAAAUUUGCCGUAUAGAGGAGGAGAAGUCAAGUUUUCUGGAGCGUCUAGUUAUGCAAAGGACUAUAAGCUUAUUUUGAUAGAUUUUAAUUUGCAUUUUAAUUAGACAAAGCUUUUAUUUAUAAAAAUUAUUACUCUCGAAUUAUUAGAAAUAUAAGAUAUUUAUUUUGAAAUAAUAUAGAAUACAAGAAGGACUUUUAGACUUAAAUGUAAGACUUCAAUCCCCAACUCAGCUUAAAAACUCCAACGUGAUUUCGCCUUCGUCUGAAUUUAUAGGAACAUCUACCUUUGCCCGCGACUUUAAGCCAUUUAACAAGAGAAAUAUUCCCAAACGGGAAAAAGCAGUCAGUCAAGAUUUUCGGCCAGGAUCAGACUGGAACGGCCAAUUUGCCACAACCUAUAGGACGACUUUUACUGGUGAGAUGAACUUAUCUAAAAAAAGAAAAAAGGCUUAUUUUGCUCAUAAUCAGUUAUAA